AUGAGCUUCGCUCAACAGCAUAGCUCAUACCAAAACAAUUACUCACAUGAGUGGCCUGAAAACCCGAAUAUGUCAUAUAGGAGAAACAACCCUGAGAUCUCAUUGUUUGCCUCUAGUUAUCCAUUGCAGGGAUUCAGGUACAAUGAGGAGAACCACAACUAUGCUCCACAACAGUCUUAUUCAGCUCCUAUUCAUAUACCUCUACACCAGGAGAUGUGUCCAAUGGAGUUAAAUGGUCCUCCAUUUGGUCAACCAACAACUUCAGCACCUAAUGAGUCGGUAGAGCAAUCUCAUGUGCAAGUGCCCACACAAGAUGAGUUCGAUGACAUAGACAAACUCACACUUUUGAGUCUCGAGUUCACUUGGAGUGCCGAGGAUGAUCCUAUUAGGAAGGUUAUACUUGAGGAAAUGAAGAAGAUCAAGAGUGGAAAAGAGCUAGUGGAAGAAGUAAGGAAGAUUGAGAAGAACAUCAACUCUGGCAGCACUAUUUCUUCACAGUUAGAGCUGAGUAAUUCUGGGAUUCCCCUUGAUACACAUGAGGUUCCAAUACCGUCACAUCCAGUUGAGCAAGAUAGCAAGUACCUUGAGCAAGAGAUACCUCGGAUUGAAGAAGAUGAACUAGAAGACAAGGAACAAGAUGAUCAAGAGCUGCAAUUCCCAAGUGAUCAAGUUGAAGACUUGUCAUCUACUACUCCUGAAGAAUUACUUUCCUCGUGCUAG